AUGGCGUGCGAAUUAGAAGAGGAGGAGUUUUACGAUCACGUCGAGUUGAAACGAACGCACGGGAAGAUACCGCUGUACCCGUGGGAGGGGGAGACGUGGACGGGGCCGCGGAUGUUAGACGUCGUCGAACACGGGUUGACGUGCGCCGACGUCGACGCGGGGUUGGGACGGCCGUGCACGCUGAAGAUGAGCAAUGAGAGGCAGAUACAGCAUUUGCGAAACGCUAUAGCGGACGUCAUGCAGUCGGUGGCGUUUGAGUUCGCGAUGAAGGUGUUCGAAGGGCACGAUACGCCCCCCGAGGUGGCGUGUCAGAGAUUUUUACGGCGGCUUUGCGAGGCGUGUCACGGCGGCGUGUAUUGUCGUCUGCGCAUCGUGCAUAAGACGAAAGAUGCGUGCUUGGCAAACUUACAGGAUAGUAAGAACUUAGGCGCCGCUUUAUACACGAGAAUAUUUAUGUUGCGAUUUCUCAAGAGGUUUCCGCCACAGCACGGAUUUAGGCACCGAGAAAUCGACGCCGACGAGACAAAGGAGCGCGCGGUGCGGGACUUGGCGGAUACUUUCGAUAUGUUUAAAAUUUGGCCCGCGAGCGAGAGCCAUCCCGCAGCGUUAUUUUGUUGCAUGACCACGGCCGGGAUGAAGAAUCUCUUACGAACCGAGGUGACGGAUUCGUGGUACGGUGUGAACCAAAUGUACGAAGUCGCCCUGGCGCAACCGAGCGAAUACUUGAGCGGCAAGUUGCCGCCGAUGAUCGUGGAUGUGAAAAAGUGUUCUGUGACGGUGUUCACCAGGGCGAACAUCGCGCUCAUCGCUAGGCAGUUCGCCGUCGCCGAGUUUCACCCAGAGCCUUUCGCGCACUUCAUCGUGACGAAUUGUCCGUACUUGCUCGCCGCGCUCUGGUCCAUCGGCAAGUUGUUCUUGACGGAGAGCGCUCGAAACAAGUUUGUGAUUUGCACCGGAGACGCCUCUACGGAGAUUCAGAAGCGGUACGGCGUGGCUAAAAGGGAUCAGCCCGUCGAGUGCGGUGGCGAAGCUCGCGACGAGAUGAUCGCCGCUCGCGACUGGCUCGCCGUCGUCCCGCACGAGGGCGCGAUUAAAGACCUCCAGCGCGCCAUGGCGGGACGACGCGCCAUAGCGGGGACGGCGUCCGAUCCAGACGCCAGUCCUCUCGUUCGCAAGUUUUCUGCGCUCAAUAUGACACCGAAGAUGGCGUUCAAGACGGGGAUUCGACCGUCAUCCACGUCCCUCGUCUCCGUCGCGAUUCGCGCCGUCGAAUUCGUCUUCCUUCUGGCGCUCUUCGCGCUCGUCUUUAGAUCGCCCGCUCGUCGACUUUACAUGGUGGCGAUGAACACCUAA